UGACAUCCCAAGAGCCCGCAGUCAGAAGCAACUUGGUAUUAAUUCAGCAGUACCGAUCACAUGUAAACAUUUCUCUUGUUUCAGUUUCGAACUUACGAGGCGCAAAACAACUGUUAAAACUCAGCUUCCUCGAAACAUUGUUGUAUCGAAUAAUACUGCCAACAAGCCAGAGAGUAACAAUGACACUUGUUGAAGAGAACUGGCAGACGAAGUGUUCAGCUAUCGCACAGAGAACUACGUUUAUUUUCAACACGGAGCUACUGAGCGAUGUGAAAUUUGUUGUUCCAGCAUCGACUGGCCAAAGUAAAAGCAAGAAGGUGAUCCCAGCUCACAAGUUUGUGCUUGCAAUCAGCAGUCCUGUGCUCUAUGCCAUGUUCUAUGGUCAAAUGGCAGAGCCCAAAAACUCUAUUGAACUGCCUGACUGUGACUACGAGAGUCUUCUGUUGGAGAUGUUUCGCUAUUUGUACAGCGACAAAGUGAAUUUGAGCGGAAGUAAUGUGAUGCAAGUGCUUUACUUAGCAAACAAAUACAUGGUGCCUUCACUGGCUGAGAAAUGUGCCGAAUAUCUUGGACGCAAUUUGAAGGCAUCAAAUGUGUUUUGUAUUCUGCCGCAGGCUCAGAAAUUUGAGGAUAAAGAUUUGGAAGAUCGAUGCUGGAAAGUGAUUGAGGAGCACACGGAAGAAGCUUUGAAGUCAGAUGAAUUUGUAACAGUUGAGCAAUCACUAAUCGAGACAGUUGUGGAAAGGGAGGGAUUGAACGUGAAGGAAGUGGAACUAUUUAAAGCUGUUGAUCGCUGGGCCACAGAACAAAGUAAAAGGCAAGGGAUAACUCCUGACGGCGGGUCGAAAAGACGAAUACUUGGAGAGGGGAUCGUGAAAGAGAUCAGAUUUCCAUUGAUGUCACAGCAAGAGUUUGCCUCAGUUGUCAUCGAUUCUCGUAUUCUUACUUUGGAUGAGGUUGGUGACAUCAUCAAACACUUCAGUGAUGUGUCAACAACUUCCUUUCCAUUCAUUCAAGCCCCAAGAAUUUCCAAGGAUACUUCAAUUAUCCAUCGAUGUCAAAGAUUUCAAGCCUUUAAUACUGGCUGGGGAUACGGCAAGUUGCCCGUCUGUAUUAAUUUUUCAGUUAACAAGCCAGUCAUGCUACAUGGAGUUCAGCAUUUUGGUUUCGAAGGUUUUGAGUACGCGAUUUCCAUAGAAGUUAAAGAUACCACAGAUGGCUCUUCUCUGGUAAAACAAUCAGGAUCAUACGUUUCAGAAAAAGACAAGACUUGUUUUUAUUAUGGCUUUUCUGUACUGUUCGAUCGACCAGUUUGUUUGGUGGAAAACAAGGAGUACAGGAUAGAGUCGCUUAUUAAGGGUCUUAAGUCCUGGUAUGGAAAGGGAGGACGAACAUCUGUUGAGUGUCAAGGAGUGGUAUUCACUUUCCGUACUUCAUCGGGUGGCAGUUUUGGAACCACUGAAACACAGGGCCAGUUUCCUGUGCUGUUUUGGUCAGCAAAACGUUGAGAUACUGUUAGGUACAUUUAUUUCCGAUUGCAAGGUGUUUUGUUUAUGAUUCUUGAACGAGUUCAACGUAAUUUUGAGUUCAUAUUUUUUUAGAUUACCAAGGGUACAUGAAUUGUUGUUACAUGCAUGCAACACUGAAAGAUUACCGCAUACUGCUAUCAAAGACUAGAGUGGGACUGGAACUAGAAUAAAGAAGUGUGAAGGCUGCGCAGCAACGCCAAACGUUAAUUUAUGAUGAAAGCUUUACUUUUCGUGAGUUGACUAAAGCUCACAGUGCUUUACCACGAUUCAAGAAGAAAGCAUGCGUACAAGAAAGCCUAAAUUCAUGGUUUCUCUUUCUUUUCGCUGAAACUGACCGUGAACUUUGAUCGAGCAACGGAAAAUGCGGCUAGUCUCAAUUGCUUUCGAUAUUAUCUUGUAUGCUUAUUCGCGACGUGUUUU